AUGUGUGUUAAUAUUGCUGUUUGCAGGGAUUUGAAACUAGACAACAUUCUGUUGGAUGCAGAAGGUCACUGUAAGCUGGCAGACUUUGGCAUGUGUAAGGAGGGAAUCCUGGAUGGCAUCACAACCACAACAUUCUGUGGCACACCAGAUUAUAUUGCCCCAGAGAUCCUUCAGGAGCUUGAGUAUGGUCCAUCAGUGGACUGGUGGGCUCUAGGUGUGCUGAUGUAUGAGAUGAUGGCCGGACAGCCUCCUUUUGAAGCAGAUAAUGAGGACGACCUUUUUGAGUCCAUUCUCCAUGAUGACGUCCUGUAUCCUGUUUGGCUCAGCAAAGAGGCAGUCAGUAUUCUUAAAGCGUUCAUGACGAAGAGCCCCAGUAAGCGGUUGGGUUGUGUAGUUUCCCAAGGACUGGAAGACGCUAUUAAAGUGCAUCCAUUCUUCAAAGACAUCGACUGGGUACUUCUAGAACAGAGGAAGGUCAAGCCGCCAUUCAAGCCACGUAUUAAAACUAAAAGGGACGUCAACAACUUUGACCAGGACUUCACCCGUGAGGAGCCGGUGCUCACCCCAGUGGAAGACGCCAUCAUCAAGCAAAUCAACCAAGAAGAGUUCAAGGGUUUCUCUUAUUUCGGGGAAGAGACCCUGUCUUAAUGCUGAAACCUCCAUCUCCUGCGCUGUACUUUGCGCACAUCUGCGCUGUGAACGCUGUGAAAGCCUAUGAGCUCACCGUAGAUCAUCAUUUACCAAGAAUUUGAUGCUUUAAACGAAAAGUAGCGAGUUAGGCUUUACGAUCUUUCCUGCUGACGACACACAACAGAAUCCCACACGUUCACCAAAUGAAACUGAAACGAGUUGACCUGGUUUAAUGUAUGUAAAAUAGUGAGCUAUACCUAAGGGAGCUCAUGUGAUAUAAGUAAAGCAGCUAGUUAGAUCUCAGAAUUUUGUAGACGGUCAUUUUAGGUUCAUUUCUUCUCCCAUAAUGCAGUGUAGCAGGGUUUUGGUACCUCUGGAGUCAACACAUCUACACUAGAACUGCUUUGAAAUGCAAAAAAAAAAA